GUAACUGACUAAAGCCUCCGGCUGCGGGAGGAUGGUCGGAACGUUUUAAUGGUGCCGUCAUUGCUCCACCCGGACUAGAAUGCAGUGACGGGAGCGGCGCCAUGGCGUUCAAUCUGGGUGGUGGGACUUCAGGAACCACUGGAUUUUCUUUUGGCUCAUUUGGUGCUAAAACAACAGCAGCAACCGGUUUUGGUUUUGGAACUACUGCCACAACAGCUGCCUCAGGAUUUGGAGGUUUUACCCCAUUUGGAACCACCACCACCACCACAAGUGGGCAAACAACAGGAUUUCCAUUUGGAGCAUCUACAGUUUUCCAAUCCUCUGAGGUCUCUCCGAAAGGUCUCUCUGGAAGUUUGGUAGAUUAUAACCAACACAUUCACCAUCUCUGCAGCCACUUUUAUUUAAGACCCCAGGAUGCAGGUUUUGGUGGGCUUGGAGCUGCAAAUACUACAGCCAGUGGCUUUAAUUUUGGGGGUUUCGGACUAAACGCUAACACUGCAAUUGGCUUAAAUAUCGGAAGUUUUGGUGCAGCUACAACUACAGCUUUUGGUUUUGGCAGUAGUGGCUUGGUUGGCACAGGUGGUUUUGGAGGGUUUGGCACAACUACGACAGCUGCUCCUGCUUUCAGUUUCUCAACACCUGCCAAUUCUGGGGUAACAGGCCUUUUCCAGAAUACACAGAAUAAGGGCUUUGGAUUUGGUGGUGGAUUUGGCACAGGUACCAGCACAGGUUUGGCACCUGGUUUGGUAGCUGGCUCCACAUUUGGAGGAUUUGGUGGUUUCGGUGCUCAACAGCAAACUGGAGGUCUUUUUGGACAGACGUUACAGCCUCAAGCCCAGACAGUUCAACUGAUCAACACAGCCAGUGCUCUUUCUGCACCCACUCUGUUGGGGGAUGAACGAGAUGCUAUAUUGGCCAGGUGGAACCAACUUCAGGCUUUCUGGGGCACAGGAAAAGGCUACUUCCACAACAACUUGGCUCCUGUUGAGUUCACUCAAGAAAAUCAUUUUUGUCGAUUUAAGACUGUUGGUUUCAGCUGCAUACCCAGUAAUAAGGAUGAGGAUGGUCUGGUAGCUUUGGCUUUUAACAAGAAAGAAGCAGACAUUCGAAACCAACAACAGUUGCUUGUGGAAACUUUACACAAGAUCCUUGGAGGUUUGCAACAAAUCAUGGUCAAUGUUGAAGGAAUCCGAGCACUGCCAGAUGACCAGACGGAAAUGGUGAUUUACGUCGUUGAGCGCUUUCCAAAUGGAAACUCCAGAAGAGUUUCAGCAACCAAUCUUUUUAAUUCGCUGGAGCAGAGUAAUGUGAAGAAUCAACUGAUGCAGUUAGGAGUGGUUGUUGCCCUGCCCAGGACAGAACUUUCUCCAGCCCAAAUAAAACAGCUGCUGCAGAACCCUCCUACUGGUGUCGAUCCAAUAAUUUGGGAGCAAGCUAAAGUUGACAAUCCUGAUCCUGAAAAACUGAUCCCAGUGCCCAUGGUUGGUUUUAAGGAAUUGCUGAGGAGGCUUAAAUUCCAGGAACAAAUGACAAAACAGCAUCAGAGCAGACUGGAUAUUAUAUCUGAGGAUGUAAAUGAACUGCAGAAGAACCAGGCCACAACUGUAGCGAAAAUUGCCCAGUACAAGAGAAAACUGAUGGACCAAGCCCAUAAAGUCUUGCAGGUUUUAAUUAAACAAGAGAUCCAGAGAAAAGCUGGUUACGCCAUUCAGGCAGAAGAAGAGCAGCUUCGUGUGCAGUUAGAUACUAUCCAGUGUGAACUAAAUGCACCAACCCAGUUUAAGGGCCGUCUAAAUGAAUUGAUGUCUCAGAUAAGAAUGCAGAAUCAUGUUGGAGCUGUCAGAUCAGAGGAGAGAUACAGUGUGGAUGUCGAUCUCCUGGGAGAAAUCAAACAGCACCUGAAGUUGCAGCAGGAAGGAUUGAGUCAUUUAAUCAGUGUCCUUAAAGAAGAUUUGGAGGACGUGAAGCUAAUUGAGCAUGGUCUUAGUGAGAGUGUUCAUAUUCGACGUGACCUUUUCAGUUGAUGCAUUUUCUGUAAUACCAUGUGGUUAAGGAUAUUUUUCUCCCUGUCCAAGUUUAUUUGAAUAAUCCUACCUCCAUCUCCAUUUUUAUAAACCAGAAACCUGAUGAAAGAGCAGGGAAAAGAAAUUUUUCCUGUUCUUCAUCUAGUGUUGCAGCCACGUUCCAGCUUCGGCAAUUCUGUUGUUUAAGGCGUGUCGUCAUCCUUGCGAAGCAACUGGUUACAAAUCUUUGCAAUAGAAAUUAGUAACUGACUUUGUUAAGUAUGUUUAAAACUAUAGCCUAUAAAUGACUGUUUGCAGUGUUGGGAGAUGAAUGUUUAAAAUGAACAUUUGAGAUUCUGCAGUCUUCUGUUUUAAGGCAGGCUUUAACCCAGUUAUUUUAAAUGCAUUGAACAUUUAUCUACUAAUUCCGCAAAUAGUAAUUUCUGAAUUCAAUCUUAACUUUACAAUGUUUUGAGUGUAAAAUCACAAUGAAUUUCCUGUUGUAUGCAAUAAGUUGAGGCAGUUUUUUAAAAAAAUAUUGCUCUUAGUAAUCAGACUUGCAUUUAACAGGAAUAGCUAUGUCAGUACUGACUAAGUCAGGAACAAAUUGGGAAUUGUUUAUAUUUUUUUAAAAACACACAUCAAAUGUUUUGCUUAGAUGUGUAUACAUUUGGCUGCUCUGAGUAAUUUUGAACAGUUUUUGGAGUUUAAAUGUGGCCUUGAUUUGCCAUGAAUGAGGAAAAUUUGAAAUAUUCUUUAUUGGAUGUAAUAAGAGCUCUGGAAACUGGAAUGUUGAUAAUUAAGGUGAAACAUGCCAGAGAAUCACAUGCUGGAUAAAUAAUCCCAGUUUAUUUUUUUUAAAUUAUACAAGCUUAUUUAUAUUAUCAGAAGGAGCCUUGAACAUUGGGUUUGUUUUUGGAAAAAUUGACUAUUUUCCAAACAUUCUAGUCAUGAUAUUUCUCAUGUUAAUGUAUCUAGGCCCUUUUUUAAUUCAACAGGGAGUUUAACUUAGUGGCAGUCACCUUUACAAAUCAUUCCCCUGUGUUAUUUGCACCUGGUAAUGGUCACUGAAAUGUACUUUGAAAUGGAGUGAUAAUUGUGAACCAUAAAUCAGACAAGGAUCUCCAAUGACGAACUGCAUUUAAUCUGUUAAAUGUUUGAAAUAAUUAUGCAAAGAGGAAAUUGGUUAUAAAUAAACAAGUUGCUUUAAUAACCAUCUG